CCUCCCCCCUUGCCUUCCAGUGGUCUGACCCAUGAGGGCCACAGCCGUGAUGUGGAGCAGGUCUACCUACGUUGUUCCCAGGGUUCCCUCCACUGGCUCUACCCUACAGGGGCCGUCAUCGUCAACCUGCGGCCCAACACCCUGUCCCCGGCAGCCGCCCGUCUCUCCGUCUGCAUCAAGCCCUCUAGGGACUCCCACGGGGCCAACAUCUACCUGGACCGGGCCGGGAAGCUGCGCCUGCUGCUGAGGGAGCAGGACCAGGCCCAGGGGAAGGUGACCUGCUUCAGCAUCCAGGACGGGUCUCUGUUCAUAGAGGCCAUACCUCACAGAGACAUCAGUAAGAGAAUCACCUCCUUCCAGUAUGAGCUGGUUACAGAGAGGACCGGGGCUGGAGCUGGAGCCUUGGCUGGGGUGGAGCCACAAGCACUGUCUGGUGAGAUACACUCCUAUUGUUAUUGUUGCUUUGGUCAUUAAAGGGGAAGUUCAGUA